AUGGUCGACUAUAUCAACCAGAUAGACGAGUCGGAGAUAUUCCAUUCUCUUGGUUUUGGUUUUGGUGUGAUAUCCAGAAACCGGAACAAGCGGUUCGCUCAUGCGAUAAAGGCCCGAUCUAGCUGGCGCAGGGCUCUCAUGUCCUCGCCUCCGAAUCCGAUUUUCUCGUUCGGGAUGUCUCGCGGCCCCUCGCCGGAUGAACCCUGGGAGGGUGCUCCGUUCGGGUUUGCUACGGCACUGGGAGGGGGCGGAGCAGUCGAUGCGGAAAGAGGAGCCAGCGCAGCGCCGUUCACCAAUGAGCUGAUACCCGGGACUGCAUUGCCGGCACUCGGGUCCAAGGGCUUUGGUGAUGUGCCGAUGGGGUUGAGAGGCUGCAACGCGGGGUGCUCCUGUUUCGGUAGGCGGGGACUGUGUGUGUGUCCGUUGGGCUGCACCAAGGGCUGCACUGGUACUCGCGGAGAUGAAGCUACGCGCGGAUCAACCAUCGCAUGCCCGUAUACCGGGGGACUUCGUUGCUCGUGUGGGUGGUCGUGCAUUGUUGAUCUCGGCGACCGGGUUACGUAG